CUGAGGAUUCUGACACUGAUUAGCUGAGGAGACAUGCAGCUGUAGAAGAAAAAAGUCUGUAAGAAGAUGGGGUUGACGUCCACUUGGCUUUUCUUACUCCUAAUUUGUCCAAAUUCAUUUACACACGUUCCUGGAAAUGGAGAUGCAGAAUUAGAAUCGGAUAGCUCAGAAGCCGAAAUGGAACCAGAGAUGAAUGAAAAAGUGUCCCCGAUGUCUGAUGUCACAUUCUUAAGGAGUGGAUCCUCACCACCUCAAAGAAAAAUGUCUCCUUGGUAUCGAAUUGUUUCUUCCUCACAGGACCCAAAAGAGCUUUUCAAGCCCGAAAAAGGUUUCAGGUUUGUCCCUGACUCUGUAAGGAAAAUGUUACUUGCACCACCUCCCCCCAUUGUCACACCGGGAGGAACAGGUACAUCUAAGCUCGUUGAGGUCCUGUGCCAUGUUGACCGGAUGUACGUAAGAGUAAGAAGGGAGCUCUUCUCAACUUCGGAUGCAUUUAAAGACUUGAAACUAGGUUCCUGUCCUGUUAAUGAAGGCACCAAAGAUCAUUAUUACCUUCUGUACCUUCUGAAAAGUGACUGCGGAUUCGUGAGAGAGAGUCAGAAAGACCAUUUACUCGUCAGUAUUACGCUCCAGUACAACCCAACUACUACAGUUAUACGAGACAUGCCAUUUAGCAUUUCCCUGCAGUGCAAAUACCCACGAUAUUUUCACUCCUUCAACCCUGGCAUCUCUAUCCAGCUAAGGAGAGGCACCGUGUACAAACCCCUCAGACCCAAACAUUCUUUUAUCCUCACUCCACAAGAUGCAUCUGGGAAUGAAAUUGUUGGUGACAAAUCGUUUAUCCUGGGACAGCCAAUGUACUUUGAGGUAAAGCUAUCUGGCAACACGGCAACACACCAGAGGCUUUACAUCAACAAGUGUUUCAUGACGGUUUCCCAAGAUCCGACUUCAGAACCUAAAUACACGGUCAUCGACAACCAAGGGUGUAUGUACGACGGCAUGAUGACACGACACUCGAUGUUUCUUAAGGGCCUCAAAAAUGUCCAAAGGUUCUGUGUGAGCGCCUUCAUUUUCAAGGACAUGGUUGAUACUUCAUCACCGUUUCAGCAACUCUACCUGCACUGUGAGUUAUCGAUGGGCGAUCCUACACCAACCCAGAGUUCAAAGGCGUGCAAUUAUGAUCAAGCGUCUAAAAAGUGGAAGGAGUUAUAUGGCAGUGAUGCUGUGUGUGCCUGCUGUGAAUCCUCCUGCUUGCCACAAACAAAAGCUUCUGAGAAUGUGGUCUCAAGCCCCUCGUGGAGGGUCAACUUCGGAGGGGAGGCCGCAAACCCGGAGUUUGAGCUACAGCCCGGAUCCUCCAUUUGGGGAACCUCCGGCUCAGAGGAUUUAGCUGGGCAUCGAGACUUCCUAAGUCACUGGGAGACAAGCUAUUGAAGGUCUGUGUGCUUUUA